AGCAGCGGCCCGACAGUGGCCGAUGUAGGGUCGUCCCCGUCGGACCGGGCGGGGCGGGCCACAACAGGCCCAGGGGCGGACCGCGGCGCGGCGCGGAACGGCACGGCUGCGGCUGCGGCGUCCACCGCACAGCUGUGCAGGCAGAAAGGCGGCCGUUCAGCCGCUGUCGCCGCGAGGUUCGAGACCGCCGGCAAACGAGCCGCGGAUAAUCGAUACUCGGUGGGUGUCUGGAGGUGGUGGGCGGACGGCGUUCAAUAGUGUCGCGUGGACCGUGCUACCUGCCAGGUGGGGCACGAGGUGCCAGUAACGUGUGACAGUGCACCGAAACACGCUGUGCGGGCACUGCUGUUAAGAAGUUCUUUGAGGUCCCAGCUGCAGCCAAAGAGCACGUGGCAAAGGAGGCCCAGCUAAGAGAGCCCAGCCGACCAGGAUGGCCAUCACCGCCCUGCUCGGCGACGCGGCCGCCGUCAUCAGGAAGAAGCAGCCCGGCCAGGUGCUGAUCGACAACAAGGUGUUCCAGCUGCACUACCGUGUCACCACCUUCCUCUUUCUCUCUUUCUCCAUCCUCUCCACGGCCAACAGUCUGCUCGGCGACCCGAUGAACUGUGCCUGCGCAGACUGCGCCAAGUCAGGCAUCACCAAGGAGAUAAUAAACACGCACUGCUGGAUUACUGGCACGUUCACACUGCCCAGCAAACAGCCCGGCAACGACCGACUCGGCAUAUCAAAAGCUUUCCCGGGUCUGGGCACACCGAACCGGGGCGAGCUGCCGGCCAAGUACCACCUCUACUACCAGUGGGUGCCGUUCGCGCUCUUCAUCCAGGGCAUCAUGUUCUACAUGCCCCACUGGAUGUGGGAACUGAACGAGGACGGCCGGGUGUUCACGCUCGUGCGCGAGCUCCGGCUACCAACCAUGGACAAGGAGGCGCUGAAGAAGAAGGUUGGCGAUCUGACGCGCUACGUCACCGAAACGCUCGGCUCCUACGACGGCUACUACCUGCGCUUCGUCAUCUGCGACGCCCUCAACAUCGUCAACGUCAUCUUCAAUAUCGUGUUCACCAACCGCUUCCUCAACGGCGAGUUCUACUCGUACGGCUCUCGCUGCUGGGAAUAUUUCAAUAACGUCAACGCCACAGUCAGUCCCAUGAGCGAGACGUUUCCAAAACUCACCAAGUGCACCUUUCAGAAGUUCGGCGUCUCUGGCACCGUGCAGAAGCUGGACGCCAUCUGCGUGCUGGCGCUCAACAUCUUCAACGAGAAGGUGUACCUGGUUCUCUGGUUUUGGCUGCUGACGCUGGCCAUAAUCACCAUCUCAGUGUUCCUUUUCCGCUCGGCGUUUCUGCUCAUGAAGCGCUUCCGUCCGGGCAUGUUUCAGCGGCGAGCGCUGACGCCACACACGACUGACAUCGAGGACGUAGUGCGCAACAUCUCCGUCGGCGACUACUUCUUCCUCGGUCUGCUCGCCAAGAACCUGGACAUCACCGCGCUGCGGCUGUUCCUCUCGCAGCUGGCACGCGUCUCGCGCAAGCGCCGUCCUCCGCCGACACACCGCGAGCGUCGCCCGUCGCGUGCCGGCGAGGAGUCGAUCGCGAUGCUGGCGCGGCCGGGCGCGCUGCCGACUCUUGCCGAGCCGUCGGGGUCGCCGGCACCGCAUCCCCGCUCCCGCCCCAGCUCGCCGAGGGCGCACCACGCCCGGCCUGCGUCGCCCGCCAGACUACGCGUCUAGUCUGGCAGAGGUGUGUCAAGAGGCUUGUCGGGUGCACAUUGCACGUGCUGGUCGGGGUGACGGAUGGAAGGCCCAGGAGUGAGUGGGUGUGGUGGAGGUCGAUGUUCAGUGGGGCGGUGCACAGCGGACCCGAUUUCGUGCAAGUCAUCGGACAGGUUUUAUUCAUCCUUAUAUCAUUUGAAACCGUUAUGACUUUGAUUAGUACCGGUGCCGUUUCCCAAUCAAGCUUUACCAAUAAGCUUUUUUAAGCAUUUCAUCUUAACAACUUCAUUAAAACCUCUCAGCCAACUAUAUAGCGUUCUGACCAAUGACAUGUAAACACCCGUCUGCUGUGCUGCUGUGUUUACAAGCGGUGAACCUCGCCUUGAUGCGACAUUGUCUCUAAGCUAGCAUCAGGCAACGUUAGUUUAUAAGCUGGUGACGGAAUCUCGACGGCUGCUGUAGUGUGUGUCAGUAUGUAUUUUCCAACAGCACUAUUCGCUAUGUUGAAAAGGGUGCCAGGCAUCAUUGUUAGUGCUAGGAAAUUGUGCCGCAGUGUACUCGAACGAACCGCGCAAUGCAUAGGCGUAUAAAAAAUCGCUAACUGUGCCGUUUUUCGUGCAUCGCCACUUGCCAGGGCCCAGGGUUCGGAUAAGAAUGCGAAGUUCUAACCCUUCGUUGUGUAUAACAGCUCUACAACUAAAGUAGGCAAGUAACGGCUCUGGGGCGCAGAGAAUAAAUCAAUCUGCUUCAACGCCCAUGCAUGAUGUUCUCAGUAUUAAAGUUCACACAGCCUGCUGUGGAGUGGAGAAACACAGUGUCUUAUAUACCGAUUUCUGCGAGUGGAUUUUGCUAAUAAAUCGCUUUGGCCGUGA